CCCCUUUUCAGCCCAGCCGGGCGCCUAUCACGGCGCCGAUGGCGGCUGGCAUCAUCCGGCGGCUGGAUGAGGCGGUGGUGAACCGCAUCGCGGCCGGCGAGGUCAUCCAGAGACCGGCGAACGCCAUCAAGGAGAUGGUGGAGAACUGCUUGGAUGCUAAAUGCACAAGUAUCAACGUGAUAGUGAAAGAAGGCGGUUUGAAGUUCAUCCAGGUGCAAGAUAAUGGCUGUGGCAUCCGAAAAGAAGAUCUGGACAUUCUUUGUGAGAGGUUUACUACAAGUAAACUGCAGAAAUUUGAAGACUUGGCUAGUAUUUCUACCUAUGGCUUUAGGGGUGAGGCAUUGGCUAGCAUCAGUCAUGUUGCCCAUGUUACAGUAACAACUAAAACAGCUGAUGCAAAGUGUGCAUACAGAGCUACUUACAGUGAUGGAAAAAUGAAAGCUCCUCCAAAGCCCUGUGCUGGGAACCAAGGAACUCAGAUCACGGUUGAAGAUCUCUUUUACAAUGUAGUGACAAGGAGAAAAGCUUUAAAAAAUCGAAGUGAAGAAUAUGCAAAAAUACUGGAAGUUUGUGGCAGGUAUGCCAUCCAUAACUCAGGCAUCAGCUUUUCAGUUAAAAAGCAAGGUGAAACCUUGUCAGAUGUUAGAACCUUAUCAAACGCCUCAACAGUGGACAACAUCAGAUCCAUCUUUGGGAAUGCUGUUAGCAGGGAACUGAUAGAAGUGGACUGUGAGGACGAGAGCUUGGCCUUUAAAAUGAAAGGCUACAUCACAAAUGCAAACUACUCUGUGAAGAAGUGUAUAUUUCUGCUCUUCAUAAACCAUCGGUUGGUGGAGUCGGCCGCUCUGCGGAAAGCCAUAGAGGCUGUAUAUGCUGCUUACCUGCCAAAAGGCACACAUCCCUUCCUGUACUUAAGCCUGGAAAUAGCCCCCCAGAACGUAGAUGUGAAUGUGCACCCUACAAAACACGAGGUCCAUUUCCUUCAUGAAGACAGUAUUCUGGAGCAUGUACAGCAACACAUAGAGAGCAGGUUACUGGGCUCGAAUUCCUCAAGGGUGUACUUCACUCAGGCCUUGCUUCCCCGGGCUGACUGCUCGUCCAGCAGGGUUGUGAAACCAGCGGCAAAGUCCUCGGCGGCCCCCAAAGGAGCCGGGGACAAAGUGUACGCGCAUCAGAUGGUGCGCACCGAUUCCCGGGAGCAGAAGCUGGAUGCGUUCCUCCAGCCAGCAAACAACCCCCUGAGCACAGCCCCCAGGGAGGCACCAGCCCAGGGCAGCAGCAGGCCCGUGGAGGGGGCAGUGGGGCUGCAGGAUGCUGAGAUGGCAGAUGUCAGUGCUCCGGUGGAAGCAGCCCCCCAUGUUCAGGACCCAGCGGUGCCCGGGGGGCUGAGAGACAGCGAACACUUGUCUGCUGAGGCAGCACCGCCUCGGAAGAGACCACGGGAAGACGAGGUUCUAGAAAUGGAGGAAGAUGACAGCGGCGAGGACAUGACUGCUGCCUGCACCCCUCGAAGAAGAAUCGUCAACCUGACCAGCGUGCUGACUCUCCAGGAUGAAAUCAGUAGCCAGGCACAUGCAGGUCUUCAGGAGAUGCUAAGGGACCACUCUUUUGUGGGCUGUGUCAGUCCUCAGUGGGCGCUGGCCCAGUACCAGACAAAACUGUAUCUUCUCAAUACAACAAAGCUCAGCCAAGAACUCUUCUACCAGAUCCUUAUUUAUGACUUUGCAAACUUCGGAGUCUUAAGGCUGUCUGAGCCAGCUCCUAUAUAUGAGCUUUCAAUGCUUGCUUUAGAGGACCCUGAAAGCGGCUGGACAGAAGAAGAUGGCCCAAAAGAAGGGCUCGCCGAGUACAUUGUGGAGUUCCUCAAGAAGAAGAUUGAAAUGUUGAAAGAAUAUUUUUCUCUUGAAAUUGAUGAGGGAGGAAACCUCGUUGGGUUGCCACUUUUGAUAGAGAGCUAUGUUCCACCGCUGGCAGGGCUGCCCAUGUUCAUCCUCCGUUUGGCCACAGAGGUAAACUGGGAUGAAGAAAAGCCAUGUUUUGAAAGCCUGAGCAAAGAACUAGCACUGUUCUACUCCAUUAGAAAGCAAUACGUAAUAGGGGAAGCCAACCCAACAAACUCUCAGGCCGAAGGUUCUGACUCUGGCUCAACAAAGUGGAAAUGGACUGUGGAACAUGUACUUUACAAAGCUUUUAGGACUCAUCUUUUACCUCCUAAACACUUUGCAGAAGAUGGCAGCAUUUUGCAGCUUGCUAACCUGCCUGACCUGUAUAAGGUUUUUGAGAGAUGUUGAGCAAGUUAUUGUUAGAGACUGGGGCAUAUCCAAAACCACUCAUGCUGCAUUCUGUUCUACUGUGUAGAGGAGAAAGCUGCAAACUUAAUGGAGGAAAGAAGAAGAGGAGGUUUAAUAUCAUACUAAUAGGAUUGCAAAUCAUCUGUUUGUUUCCCAUCUGUUGAUAAAAGAAGGAAAAGAAUAGUUUUAGCCUUGUGUAAACCCAACUGUAGUGCCUAAAAUCAAAUCCACUUAAACUCAGUGGCACCGUUAGGCAGUAUGUUAACGAAAUACAG